CCCACAUCCCCCAACCAUGUGCCCACCUUCCCAAGUUUUUCGUCCCAUUUUGGGAUUAAACAAACAUGACGUCAAGCCAAAUUCGCAAGUACCAAGGUACCUACCACGAAUACUCAGAGGAAGGAAGGCAUCGGUAGACGCCUCGACAUCGUUCUUGCCUGCCACAGACUGUAGACCCCGGGACCUUACUCCUUAAGCUUAAAGUCGACCUCCCUCCCCUUCUUCUGCUCUCUCUUCUCCCUUCAUCCCUCACAGUCAAGCCACCCCUUCCAUCCAUCACAGCUCGCCAAGACACUUCUUGCAGCUCCCGGCGAGGCACAAGCAGUCAAGCACAGCCAUCCCGUCUUGGCAUCGUCUUUACCAAAGCUUGGCAAGACCUCUAAUACGACACUGCAUAACACCCAAAAACAACAACACCAACAACAUCAAAAAAGCAUCACCAUGGGCAUCUUUGGAAAACGUCGCGAGCCGGCACCAGCAGGCCCUGCUGCCACCGGCCACGCCAACGGUCACCAUAACGGCGUCUCUAGCAAGCGUCGUGGCGCUGAGCCUUACUCCAUGUCUACCCGUCCCAGCUUCGGGCAAUGGCUCAAGGGCACCCUCAUCGACAUCAUCACCAUGAUCUGCAUGGGUGCCAUCGGUCUCGGAAUCUACAUGGCACCUCCCGCCCCGAACCGUUCUUUCGCCGUCACCUUCGCCGAUGGUGAGGUCGUCUACCCCCAGUUCGCCUACCCCAUGCGCAACGAAGUCGUCCCCAUUUGGCUUGCUGCCUUCCUCGCCUCCGUCAUCCCCAUCUGCAUCAUCCUUCUCAUGCAGAUCCGCAUCCGCUCCUUCUGGGACGUAAACAACGCCGUCAUCGGCCUUCUCUACUCCCUCAUUUGCGCCGCUGUCUUCCAGGUCUUCAUCAAGUUCCUCAUCGGCGGCCUGCGCCCUCACUUCCUCGAGGCUUGCCAGCCCGAUUUGUCCCGUGUGACCAGCAGCCAGGGUGGCAUCGCCCGCACCGGCUACAGCGCCGCUGGAUUCCAGAGCUUGUACGUCACCAAGGAGGUUUGCACCGGCGACAUGAAGGAGAUCAACGAUUCUCUCGAGAGUUUCCCCAGUGGUCACACCACCGCCGCCUUCGCCGGCUUCGGAUACCUCUACCUGUACCUGAACGCCAAGUUCAAGGUCUUUUCCGACUACCACCCCGCGAUGUGGAAGCUGAUCAUCACCUAUAUCCCCAUUCUUGGUGCUGUUCUCAUUGGCGGCGCGCUCACUAUUGAUGAGUUCCACAACUGGUACGAUAUCUUCGCUGGUGCCGCCAUCGGAAUCACCUUUGCCUUCUCCUCUUACCGCAUGACCUACGCCGCCAUCUGGGACUUCCGCUUCAACCACAUUCCCCUGAACCGUGGCCAGGCUCUCAACUACGGCGCUGAGGCUGAGUUGUACGAUGCUGUCUUCACUCGCAAGGCCGGCUGGGGCAAGCGUGGCGGUGGUGGUAUUCUGCACCGCGAGAAGCACCACGGCCACGGGCACAGUGCUUCCACUGGCGCCGGUGUUAAUGACUACGGCGAGCCCGUUGGAUCCCGCAAGCCUGUCGGCUCUGGAUCCCGCCACCCCGAUGCGAUGGUUUAAUUCACUUAAGAAGUGCAUGUCUAGACGGCAUGUGGUACUGAAACCAUGAAAUGCUGAAUCGGAGAUGAUUGUCUCCGCAGAAGGUUAGCUGGAGUCUUGGAGUCUGAGAGUUAUGAGUAACGGCCUCGCUGAAGAAACCACAAUACCCUACAGCACAAGCUUGUAUAUUAGUCUUUACCCGGUGUUUACACCUAAUGGAAGUUUUUAAUACUUGAUCUACUUUCACUGAACCCCAGAGUGAUGUUUCAUGUUAUGUGAUGGC